AUGGCUAGCAAGACUUACAAUGUUGGCGUUGUUGGCUACGGCUUCAGUGCGAAGAUCUUCCACAUUCCCUUCGUGAAGGAAGUGCCCGAGCUCAAGCUCUACGCAAUUGUUCAGCGUACUCCAAAGCAGGAUGAUGAUGCCGAGAAGGACCAUCCUGGCGUGAAGUCUUUCCGUACCGCCGAGGAGAUGGUGAAGGACCCCGCGGUCGAUGUGGUGAUCAUUACUACUGCACCCGAUUCUCACUUCGAGCUAUCCAAGCUUGCGCUGGAGGCUGGCAAGCACGUUGUCUGCGAGAAGCCCUUUACCCCCACUACUCAGGAAGCUGAUGACCUAAUCGCCAUUUCGGAGAAGAACAACAAACAGCUUGCCGUGUUCCAGAAUCGCCGUUGGGAUGCCGACUUCGUGACUCUUUCUAAGCUCGUCAAGAACGGCUCACUCGGCCGCAUCUCCGAGUAUGAAACUCACUUCGACCGCCACCGUCCCGAGGUGCCGGCCGCCGACUCUCACAAGUGGAAGAACAAGGUCAUUCCCGGUGGCUCUGCGAUCUAUGACCUUGGAACCCACCUUCUAGAUCAGGCCGUGCACCUUCUCGGGCUACCCAAGCGGGUGACCGGUUUUAUUGGCUCCGCCCGCGGUGUCACCUCGUUUUCAUAUGAAGACUCGUUCACCGUUCUCCUGCACUAUGCCGAUGGUUCUAUGGUCACCGCCAAGGCGACCGUUGUCAGCCCCGAGGACGAACAGCUGCGCUUCUGGGUGCGCGGUGACAAGGGCAGCUUUAAGAAGUACCACCUGGAUAUUCAAGAAGAUCAGCUUAAGGCUGGCAUCAUGCCCCAGGAUAAGGGCUACGGUCGUGAGCCCAGCGAGCGUUACGGAACUCUGACUACUUUCCAGAACGGAAAGCCCGUCAAGGAGGUUGUUCCUACCGUGGAGCCCCCCACCUACACCGAGUACUACCGCAAGCUUGUCCGUGCUCUCAAUGGCGAGGGUGAGCUGCCUGCUAGUGGUGUGGAGGCUCGUGAGGUCAUUCGUUUGAUUGAGCUGGCUCGUGAGAGUUCCCGCACUGGACGUACUUUGGACGUCUAA